AUGUUUAUGAAAAAACCAACUCUGAGCGGCUACGGGCCGCUGGGCCGAGUUGGAGAACACCGGGUGCCUGAAGCCGCUUCUGUGGUCCCGCGCCGUCUCCUGCGUUCCAGGAGCCGCCACCUGAUUCCCUACGCUGAGUGCGGCCCUCUGGCGGAACCGCGUCUGUGGCGAGGAGCGGGGUUCCAGCCUGCUGCGCUGACACGGCCCCUGGCGUUUUCCGUGCUGGCCCUGGGUCGCCCUCGACGCUGCUUCCCGGCGGGAGCCUCCUUCUCACGGCAGAAAGGAGCUUCACCUGGGGCGGCCGGCGGGGAACCGAGAAGAACCCGCCGGGGAAGUGGACCGGGCUGGCUCCCAGGCCCGGCGCUGCGGCUCGGGGGCCGCCAGACCUCCUGCGGGUUGCGUUUCAUUCCUCGGUUUUCUAGACCCCAGUUUUGGGGUUGAAUCCUUGCUGUGGUUUUGUAAGAAUUAAAUGAUAAGGCGAACACCAA